AUGGCAAACUUGCGCCAGCGGCUAUCUGAACAGCAGCCUCAGCAGCAGCAGCCUCAGCAGCAACAGGAGCAGCAGCAUCCUCAGCAGCAGCCUCAGCAGCAGCACAAGCAGCAACAGAAAGACAUUGCAUGCAGUUUGAACAGCGAAGAUGUCCCGCUGUAUAUUGCCGUAUCUGGGGGGGAUGCGAGUGUUUCUUUAUUGCAUUUGGCAGCAGAAAGCGUGGAGAAGCGUCUAUCUAGGCGUCUGCUCCAGCAGCAAAAAGGGGGGGGACUAACAAGGCCCCGCGACGGUGCAGAGGGAGAGAAGGUUGGGGCUGGACGCAAUGAACGCGGUUUCAAUGCAUGCAUUGCCUUGCAUGUGGACAUUCAGCGUUUGUUGAGGCCCCCAGCCGCAGUGGUGACGGCGCGGGUUGCGGGGGAGAGCUGCUGCUGCGCUUCAGGUGUACAGACAUCUGCUGCUGCUGGUGCUGCAGCAGCAGCAGCAGAAGACAGCGGGGUUGUUCUACAGGGUCUCGCCCCUCAUGAAGGGGACAGCCUCGCAUUCCAGGUUCAGAAGGCAGCCACAGAUGUGGGGCCCCACGUGCAGUGUGUGCUGCUGCAUCCUCUGGGCUUCUCCUUUUCUUACGUGUUGGCGAAGCAGCAGGAAGGAAGAGAGGCAGCAGCAGCAGCAACAGCAGCAGCAGCUCCCGUUGAGGUGUACAGACACCCCGAUGGACGGCCCUGGGGGAGAGAAGAACUUGAACGCAUGCAGCAGCAAGAAGAAAGAAUGCGUCGUCUCCUCGCAGAGACGUUUGCUGUAGACAAAACAGCAGCAGAAAGACUCACCAGGGCACUCGUGGCCAAGGUUCUGCGCGGUUACUUUGAGCGCAUGCAGCAGGAUUUGAGGUGCACGUACACCCCAUAUCUAUGCACAGGAGACACUGCAUCUGCAGCAGCUCUCUCCGUAUUAGAACGACUCAGCUACGGGGAGGGCCGCUGCCUUGGUUUGGAGACAUCAGCAAUUGAUGGCAGGUAG